GCGACCCGCGCAGCCCGGCACGGACGGAGUCGCUCCCCGCGCCGGGGGGGCCCGGGCCGCCGGGCCCAUGCGUUGGGCUCCGGGAGAAGGACGAGAGCCCGCAGCACGUCGUGAGCCUGCGGCCCCGAGGGGGAGAUGAGAGCGCGGCGCUCGGGACGGAGCGCUCCGGGCACCGGCACCGUUCGUCUCACGCCGCGGGGAGCGGGCGCCGGGCGCUGAGCGCCGUGACACCGAAGCGCGGCCGGGCCGGGCGGCGGCCCCGGCUCCCGCAGCGCCGGAUCGAUGACGCCGCGUGCGCGGAGCCGGCCCCGCUGUCCCGCCGGGCGGAGCGCCUGAGCGAUGCCCGCCAGCCGCCGCUGAGCCCCCCCGCCCCUGCCCCGCUCUGAGCGCCGCUCUCCCCGCGCCGCUGCCCGCCCGGGCGGGGCCGCGCCGCCCUCUACCCCCCCUCUACCUCCCCCCCGCCGCCAAUGGCUUCGUUCCCGGAGGCCGACUUCCAGGUGUGCCCGCUGUGCAAGGAGAUGUGCGGCUCGCCCGCCCCGCUCUCCUCCAACUCGUCCACCUCGUCGUCCUCCUCGCAGACCUCGGGCUCCUCGGGGGGCGGCGGCUCUUCGUGCGGGGGCGCGGCGCGGCGGCUGCACGUCCUGCCGUGCCUGCACGCCUUCUGCCGCCAGUGCCUGGAGGCGCAGCGGCACCCCGCCGCGGGGGACGCGCUCAAGCUGCGCUGCCCCAUCUGCGACCAGAAGGUGGUGAUCUCGGAGCCCUCGGGCAUGGACGCGCUGCCCUCCUCCAACUUCCUCCUCAGCAACCUGCUGGACGUCGUGGUGGUGGCGGCCGCCGCCGACGAGCAGAAGAACGGCCGAGCCGCCGGCUCCGGGCCCGCGGCCGGCUCCGGCUCCGGGGGCGGCGGGGCCAACAACCGGCACCACGGCCGCCCGCCGCCGCACCGCGCCGCCGCCGCCUCCUCCUCGCCCGCCGCCGGCUCCGCCGCGCCCUCCGCCUCCUCGUCCUCCUCGUCGGGCGGCGGCGGCCCGGCGGCGCUUCUGCUGCGGCGGCCGCACAGCCGGCAGGGCGAGCCGCGCUGCAGCUCCUGCGACGAAGGCAACGCCGCCAGCUCGCGCUGCCUGGACUGCCAGGAGCAUCUGUGCGACAACUGCGUGCGGGCUCACCAGCGCGUCCGCCUCACCAAGGACCACUUCAUCGAGCGCUUCGCAGCCGGCCCCGCCGCCGCCUCCGCCGGCCCAGCCGCUCCGCUCGCCCUCAGCCCGCCCUACCCAGCAUCGCCCUACAACAUCCUCUCCGUGUUCCCCGAGCGGGCCAGCUACUGCCAGCACCACGACGACGAGGUACUGCAUUUCUACUGUGAUACCUGCUCUGUCCCCAUAUGUCGUGAAUGUACCAUGGGGCGACAUGUGGGUCACAGCUUUAUCUACCUCCAAGAUGCCCUCCAGGACUCCAGGACUCUUACCAUCCAGCUCCUGGCAGAUGCUCAGCAAGGACGACAGGCUAUUCAGUUGAGUAUUGAACAGGCCCAGGCUGUGGCAGAGCAAGUUGAGAUGAAAGCGAAGGUGGUACAGUCUGAAGUCAAAGCAGUGACUACUAGACAUAAGAAGGCCUUGGAAGAGCGAGAGUGCGAGCUGCUUUGGAAGGUGGAAAAGAUUCGUCAAGUCAAGGCUAAGUCGCUCUACUUGCAAGUUGAAAAGUUACGUCAGAACCUAAAUAAGCUGGACAACACCAUUAGUGCUGUUCAGCAGGUCCUGGAGGAAGGUCGUACUAUAGAUAUUCUUCUGGCCCGGGACCGUAUGCUGGCUCAGGUGCAGGAGCUCAAGAAUGUGAGAGGCCUUCUGCAGCCGCAGGAGGAUGACAGGAUCAUGUUAACAACCCCUGACCAGGCAUUGUAUAUGGCCAUUAAAUCAAUGGGCUUUGUCAGUAGCGGGGCUUUUGCUCCUCUGACCAAAGCCACUGGGGAAGGCCUUAAGCGUGCACUGCAGGGGAAAGUAGCCUCUUUCACAGUUAUAGGUUACGAUCACGACGGUGAGCCUCGCCUUUCAGGAGGUGACAUGAUCUCUGCAGUGGUAAUGGGCCCAGAUGGAAAUCUGUUUGGGGCAGAUGUCAGUGAUCAGCAGAACGGAACCUACCUUGUCAGCUACCGUCCACAGCUAGAGGGAGAACAUCUGGUGUCCGUGAUGAUGUGCAACCAACACAUUGAGAACAGCCCCUUCAAAGUUGUAGUGAAAUCUGGGCGCAGCUACAUAGGUAUUGGGCUACCCGGGCUCUCAUUUGGCAGUGAAGGAGACAGCGAUGGGAAACUCUGCCGCCCCUGGGGGGUUAGUGUAGACAAAGAAGGCUACAUCAUCGUGGCAGACCGCAGCAAUAACCGUAUCCAGGUGUUCAAACCUUGUGGGACUUUCCAUCACAAGUUUGGCACGCUAGGUUCCCGGCCUGGCCAGUUCGAUCGUCCCGCCGGUGUGGCCUGUGACGUCUCACGCCGGAUCGUCGUGGCUGACAAGGACAAUCAUCGCAUCCAGAUUUUCACAUUUGAGGGGCAGUUCAUUCUGAAGUUUGGGGAGAAAGGAACAAAGAAUGGGCAAUUCAAUUAUCCGUGGGACGUGGCCGUCAACGCAGAGGGCAAAAUCCUGGUCUCCGACACAAGGAACCAUCGCGUUCAGCUGUUUGGGCCCGACGGUGUGUUUCUUAAUAAGUAUGGCUUUGAAGGGGCACUCUGGAAGCACUUUGAUUCCCCCAGAGGUGUGACUUUCAAUCACGAGGGCCACUUGGUAGUGACAGACUUCAACAACCAUCGCCUGCUGGUCAUCCACGCAGAUUGCCAGUCAGCACGCUUCCUGGGCUCGGAGGGGAGCGGGAAUGGGCAGUUCCUGCGCCCGCAGGGAGUGGCGGUGGAUCAAGAGGGGCGCAUCAUUGUGGCCGACUCCAGGAACCACCGGGUGCAGAUAUUCGAGUCCAAUGGUAGCUUUUUAUGCAAGUUCGGCACUCAGGGAAGCGGCUUUGGUCAGAUGGACCGUCCUUCAGGUAUAGCUGUCACCCCUGAUGGCAUGAUUGUUGUGGUCGACUUUGGAAACAAUCGAAUUCUCGUCUUCUAAUCUGCGUUUGAAUUUGGAAGAAACUGUCUCAGGGAAAUUCUUCUAAGUGAAAAUGAAAAGAAAAAAAAAAAAAAAAAAAAAGAAGAAAAAAAAUACAACGUUGAUUCAAACCUACCUCAUCUUUAAUUUUUUUACAGAUGAAUGUACUUAUCUUUUCUGCAGGGAGUGAGCCUGUAAAGUUAAAUUCUAUCUACCUCAUUGUCCUCCCUUCCCUCCCCGGUUUCUCUUUCCCCCCCCUCCCCAUCCCAACACACUCGCAGUUCAGAAAAUUUUACCUCGCCCCCAACGGGGUUUCAUGCACAAACAUGUGUUGCUGUGCACAUUAGGUGGUUUGUGUGGUGAAUUCUGUAGGCUAAGCCAAAAAGGCUCUGUAUCUUUUUUUUUUUUUUUUUUUUUUUUUAGUGGAGAAAACGUUAUUAGAUAUUUGUAUAGAGCUUGUGUUCCUAACUGUACUGCAUUUCUGUGGGUGGGGACAUGGGAGGGGGGAUAUGUUUUGUUUUGUUGAAUUGCUGCUGCAGCAGAGAACUUCUUCCUGUUCUCCUUUUUUAUACCUCAGUGUGUUUGAUUUACUGGUGAACACAGCUUUUUGUUCCCAGAAGACUUCUGAACGUCUUGUGGAAGUGAGUGGGAUUCACUCGCCACGAGGAGCGAGUUAGCAACUUUUUGGCAUUUCUGUGUGGGAUUUUGUUUGUUAGUUUUUCUUUUUCCCUGAAACACAGUAAUCCAACAGCACAAAGAGAAGCUGAUGAAAAUGCACAAUGAGCUUUGAGUUGAAACCAAAUCGUUCAUUUUAGUGGCUUAGUACAGUUGUCAUAAAAGUUUAGACAAAGAAAGUGAUGCGUUCGUUAAUGUAACCUGUUGUUGAGGUUUGGGGUUUUUCUUUUAACCCUUUCACCUGAAAGCUAAAUUAGUUUGAAAAAAGAAAGUUUCUUUUAUCAGUACAUGAACCUAAUCUGAGUAACAGAGGUUACAGGGGGCAUUGAAACAAGGAAAAAAUCAACCCUUGGUUUACGUUUGUGUGAAAUGACAAGGUUUUUUUUUUCUUCCUCCCCCAUAAAGAGUCUUUAAGGGAAAGAAAAAAAAAAAGUUGAGUGGAUUUGUUAGAACAGAAGUGGUACCUUUUUCCAAAAUUAAGAAAUAAGCACAGCUUUGGAGAUUCAGGGUGAGUUUUGGAGAAUUUAAGUCUGUUGUGUUUAGAGGAUUGCAAUAACUUUUAUCCAUGAUAAAUGCAACUGGUUUCUUUGUAUGUUCAUCUUUUGGCUUCCCCGGGAAGCUGGACUGGAGAAGUCCAGGAGCUCUGCUUUAGUUUUUAGGGUGGGGUGAGCCUGUGGCUCCAUGUAGUUCUUGCUACAGAUCAAAGUGAAAAGCUACGAGUUCCAGCCUAAGGCAAACUGCAUCGAGAUGAAAAUUCGCUUCUUUUUGCUUUUUUUUCCUGUUUUUUUUUUUUCUUCUUUUUUUUUCCCUUUUCCAGGGCAGUACCAAAGAAUUCUGUGUGAAAUAACCUAGUAUGAUCCUUAAAAGCUUGGAGGCUGGGGGAGGCGAGCCCCUUCAGGGAUAUAAAAAUUGCUUUUUUUUUUUGAGAAGCAGAAACUUUCUGGGAGAGUGGAGAUCUUUCUAAGGACUAAGGACUAAGUUCUAAGGACUAAGGACUUUCUAAGUACUAAGGACUUUGAGUCCCUCGGAAGAUUCAGUCUUAUUCUUUUCUGUUCCCAUUCCCGUUUGGCUGUUAGCGCAGAUUCUAGUUUCUAGAAUUGCCACUUUACUUUCUGAAUAAGGCAUUUAGUGGCAAUGGUUAAAGUAGGGAAAGGGGCUUCUCUGUCACUCAUGGAUGGAAGGACUAUCCAGUCUUUGCAUCAGAAAUGCUUUGGGAUCUCCGUUACUGUUUGCAAGAGAAGGUCUCUGAUGCAUAAUCAUGGUCACUACCAAAGUCUGAAGGGCCUUUACCAUCCUCAGAGGAAAGGGUUCAUCCCACUGCCAGCUGCCAUGCACAAAAGUGUCCUGAGAUUGAAAGGCUCUUUACAAAUUAGUGAGAAAUCACAAGGUGCACUUUCCUUCUUGCUGCUUUUCCCCUCCAAUGAGUGUUUGACCUUCUGGGUUUUGUAGAAAUCCUGUUGCAUACAGACGUCCUUCACUUAAAGGAGGCUUAAACUAAAGGACCAGAAAGAAAAAGACCGAUUCAAUGAGAUGGCAAAACCUCUUUUAAAAGAAGGGUAAGGGAAAACACCUAAAUUAAAUAAAGUAACUGUGCUGCCUUUCAGCCAAAGCCUCGAGGAAGCGAACUCUUCAAAGCAGUGUGUUUCAGCUGGGCUUAAUCUUAGGAUAGCAUGGUUUAAAAAUAGUCUUCAAAAGGAUAAUCUUUUAUACAGAUGUCUGUCAUUAAACUUGUGUGGCCACUCAACAUAUGGGUAUGAGAGAAACCUAAUUUACCUUCAGCUUCAAGUUCUUCUUGUGUCCAUGCCUCUCUCCUUGGGGGUGGCCAACAUUUGUGGCAGAUGGCCCUGUUUGUUUUGUAUUAUUCAGUCCGAGAAUUAUUUGAAGUUUGGGCUGUGAAAAUGAAUACCCUGCAAGAUCCUAGAUACCAAAGAGAAUUGGUUAUAAAAGCUUUAAUAUUUAGUUUGCGGUGUUCUUGCGUUUAUCCUGUCAUGUCUUAAUGAAAAUGCCAGGUCUGUUAAUAUCUUGACCUGAGUGGCUGUCAGUAUUUAGAGCAUUCUAGAAAUGCUCUUGUGCUUUAAUGCUUGUUGGGUUCCCCCCUUCUCAGGGGCUGGGAGAAGGAAAUUGUUUUCUAGGCAUUAAAAAAAAAAGUAAAAAAGGCUACGCAUGUGUUCACCCUUGCGUUGAAGAGCAGAAGCAUCCUUGCCUCUCUCCAGCCUGCACUGUGUAGAAGGUGACGUAGAAGUUGCCCUCUGCUCUUUCGUAUGGAGCCAUUGCACAAACCACCAGUCCAGCUCCCUCAGGAACAGGAGUGACUUCAACUUCUUAAGUUGCUGUCUGCUUAAUCAGUGGGUUUGCUUACAAACAAAGGCCUCACCUGACAGGGAGCUCUUUUGUUUUAAAAACGCUACUGUUCAGCUACCCAGAAUAAUUCCAGAUCCUUUGUCAUAGUGCUAAGCACGCUCGGUCUCAUUGAAAAGCAGUAGUGUAGCUUAUAAAAUUGAGUGUUUUAUAUGCAAUGAAAAUAAGCAACAAUAAUAAUAAGCUCAAUGACAACAGCAGAUGCCCCAUAUGAGCUUUUAAAAAAGUAAUAUAUAGUUAAUUAACGAGACUCAGACCUUGCUUUUUUUUCCUGUGCGUGUUUUUGGGCUGUGCGUGUUCUAAGAUUAACACCCCAGUACCGUAACAUACACGGUGAAAGUGCAUGGGGAGAAAGAAAGAAAGCAAGGCUUUGAUGCUGCAUUGCAAACCAAACAGGCCAAAGUGUUUGGAGUAAUCUUUUGAACCAGUGGAGGUAGCAUGGAGAAGGCUGAGGUGAGCUUGUACCUCUUUCUCUUAGCUCCAGCAAUGGCCAGUGAGAGAUGUGUAACAGACCUGUUGAUUACAACUCCCAAAGGAAUUCCACCUUGCCAGGUUAAACCGGUGGCUCUCGGUAAACUUGCUUGACAAUGUUAUCAGCAGUCAGUAUGGCUGCUCCAGGGUCACCCUGUGAAGCAAUCGUGUUCCUUCUCAGUUAAGCAGGAGCUUCAGCACCAAGCUGAAGCAGAUAUAAUACUUGAUAAUGCAGGUCCGUCAGAUAACUCACUCCUUUCCUUUAGUACCUUUGAAGUAGCUUAAAGGGAGCCCGUAACUAUAAAGAAAGUGAGCAAAGGAGGGCAACACCCAAAAAACUGAUGUGUAUUGGGGCCAGACAUAACUAAGGCGAGGGAAGGAAGAGCAAGGCGCUUUGGUGUAGUGUUCCCUUGGAAUUGCAGGAAAAUGGGCCCGGUUUGUUCUGUUAGAGUAAAACCAAAAUCAUUUCUGAAGAGUGCAGGUGGGUAGCCUUAUCAGGCCAUAUCUUUGAUCAUAAAAUUUGCUUUAUUUCUGGUUUAAAAGAAACUGUGCCAAAGUGUUUUGUUUAUUUUAUUAUUAUUAUUAUUACUUUUUUUUUUAAAGGAGUGUAAGCCAAACGGUGCCAAAAGGUAAGAGGUAUUUAAAAAUAGAGAUAUUUAGACACAGUUUGGAACUGUAUAAAAAUGAACACUGGUACUUGUGUUAGACAAAUAUUGUACCUUUUGGUCUUCAAGUUCUUGGGAGUUUGAAACCCAGUCCGAUGUGGUACAAAAUGCACAACGAGAGAUGCCACUGUCUUUUUCUUGAAGUUCUACCUCACUUUGCAGAAGUUGAUCAUCUACCUCAGUUCAGCAUCAGACAGGUUUGAGAAAUAGCUGGGAAAUCUGCCUUGGCAAAGGAUUCAACCUGCUUUGUGGGCAGGCAUUUAAUGGAAACAGAUAGUGCAUACAAUAUGAUGACUUCUUGCUUUUGCUGGCGUUUUCCUACCUACCCCUGGAAAUACUAAGCUGCCCUUGCUAGAGAAUCUGUAAAUGAAACCAAAGGUUUGUGUAUUCUGGCAAACAGGACUGCGAUACCUGAAACACUUGAGUUUGUUCCAUUUUUACUACAAAGUUUGGAGAUGUAGACUUGGUUCAGUAUUAUGACACUACUGGCUGACAUACUCCUUGUCCAUUUGCAGUGUUCUCACGUCUUUAAGACCUUUAGGUCUUCUCUCUACAAGAGAAAACUUUUAUGCACACCUCCAAGUAUGUCCUGUUCCUAUUUGGAAAGACUGAUGUUACGAUUGCUGCAAACACAAUGCUAUACCAAAUGCUUGAAGGGAACGUGAUACUGAUUGGUUUUAGACUUGGUGAUUAUGUUAGUAGCUUUCUUGACACAAUGGGAUUUUUUCCACCAUGACAAAGCAACCAAGUUCCUAUUCCUGGAGGGUGAUAUUCAGAUAUUGUUCAAGAGAAGUUCAGAUAUUGUCAGGAGAGGCAGCUGAAAACCAGAAUGUUGGGUUUUUACGCAACUGAAUAGUGAUGUGCAGCAUGCCCCUUGCUUUUCCUGUGGAGUAAAGUUGCAGAAGCACAUUUUCAGAUCACUGUAUUGGAAGAUCUCUUUUCUUCCCCCGCUCGCUUGUGGGGGUGAUGGAAGCGGGUACAGAAACUCCCUAAUAUUGAUGGGCUGUGUUGGGUUUGGUAAAUGUUAUGGUGGAAAACGUACAUUGAUGUCUCUAAGUGAUCUUACGGGUUGACGAGCCAGAGUGGCAUCUUUUCCAUCAUUGUUUAACCAAUAAUGGUUCUAAAAAUGCUUUGCGUACCUGCAUGGUCUUAGACCUUCUAUUAAUGAUUGUAUCAACUUACAAACUCAGGUAGAUAAUUUUUUAAGCUCUUUUCAUAGAGCCUUACUGACUGAAUGUUAAGUGUCUGUGUAGUAACUUAGUUGAGUAACUUCCUUUUGAGCUACCAGACUAGUUAAAACGAAGCCCUUUUAUAGGUUUGUAGAAUCCUUUUCAGAUGACGUAGUAGUUUUUCCUUCCGAGGGAGAGAUGUCUGUUUCUGGGUUAUGAUGUUUUUAGUUUCUUUUCUAAACUGAAAAGUUUUUACCUAGGUUGUAAGGUGUGAUAGUCACCGGCGUUGGUGGGGGGGUUCUUACUGUAUGUGAGCUGUUGUGCUGUGCAUCACCUGUCACGUGCCGCCUGGCUUAGUCGGGUAGAAAUGGGAAGCCCGCAACAAUAUGGAGGUCGCUCACUUCAGGCUCGUGUGUGUGACAAAUCAUGUUUUCUCCUUUAAUUGACUGCAGAGUACAGCCCCCAUCUUAUAAAAGAAGUUCAUUACUGGUGUGUAACGUGUUGCCUCGAUGCAGGCUUGUAUCGGGAUCCGGAAUGGUUUUGUCAGCCCUUGGAUGUUGGGUAUCUUGAGACAAUUGGGUUUGUAGUUUCCUGUUCUGCUGCAAUUGUUUUCCUUCUACUUUAGUGAUUAAUCAUGCUGCUCUCCUCAUAAUAAUACAAAUGUCUCAGCAGGACAGACAGUGCUCGGCUUUUAAUGAGCUGCUCAGAGCUUUUAUAUCUAAUGGAUAAUGAAACAGGCUGUGACAAGAACCUCCGUGCUCCAAACAGGGCAUCGCAUUUCUGCUCGGACAAAAGGCGACGUUGGGAGAUGUGGGGUGUUGAGUGUUGCGUGAGGGAAAAGCGUGACAGGUUAUGCGCAAACUUUUACGUAGGAUAAGUAAAGCAAAACGUUAGAACUUUUUGUGUUAAUGGAGGCUUCUGAAUGUAUCUCUGUGGUCCAUAGGGGAAGGCUGAAGGAUGUAGCAAGGAGAUGAUGUAUCAGCUACUGGCAGCCUUAAAACAAAGUCAGUGUCUCUCUGGACUUUAAAAUGUUCCUAUGCAGUUUAUUUUAUUUUUGUUUAAUCAAAUAAAUGUGAGUUGUUGUUUU